UAUAAUAUUUCUUCUUCUGCUGCAAGCUGCCUCAACGCUCAGUCGAAUUUGCAAAUCGAGUGAGAAAUGUGUGGCAUUGCUUGAAUGCCCGGAUCUUAUGAAAAGUAGCCUAAAAGUUCGGGCUUUGAAUAAAUGCAACCAGCCUCGGAAAUACUGUUGUUCCGAAAAUUCCAAUCGGGUGCCUGAUAUACUCUCGAAAGAGUCGAAAUUUCCUGAAGACUGCGGAUCAACCCCAAAGUAUGGUGUCAAUCGUGUGGUGGGUGGUGGAGUCAUCGAGCCAGAUGAGUUCAGCUGGUUGGUCAGUCUUGAGUAUAAAGAAGGAAUCUCAGGAAUCUGCGGAGGAGCCCUUAUUAACUCCCUUUAUGUACUGACGGCGGCCCAUUGUGUGACUGGCAGAGUUUUUGAAGGAUACGGAGAACUCAUUGCAGUUCGAUUGGCAAACUUUCGUAAUGGACAGAAAUGUGACUAUGGUAUUUCCACUUGUCAGCAUUGUCAACGUGUUGGCAUUGAUGAGAUAAUUGUGCACAAAAAUUACUUGGUAAACGACAGAACGAAAAUACUCAACGACAUUUCUCUAGUCAGGCUGAAAAAGAGGAUCAAGUUUACGGACACAUUGAAACCUAUUUGUCUGCCUUUUGGCAUUAACAGUCACAUAGUGGAACCAAGCGCUGAUACUUGGGUAACAGUCACCGGAUGGGGUCGAACUUCGUCUCUAGCUGACUCAAUAGCAAAGCGUGCUGUGUCCAUUCCAUUGUGGACAAAAUCCAGAUGUCUGAAUGAUACUCGCAGAGAUGAGUCCCAGAUCUGUGCAGGUAUUUCUGGAAGGGGUUCGUGCCAUGGAGACUCAGGAGGCCCCCUAAUGCACGAGUUCGAAAACAGACGUAUGGUUCUUGAAGGCAUCGUAUCGUAUGGCGUCAUUGAAUGUGCCACACCUACUUUCCCUGGUGUUUUCACACGAGUGCGUAGUUUCAGUGACUGGAUUGAGAUCAACAUGAUAAUGUAAUAGAAAACAUAAGGAAAACAUAUUACCAAAAAUAAAUCUCGC